AUGGCAGAGGAGACGCAGCAUGACCUGCCCACGCUUGUGAGCUCGCUGCAGGCCGCCACGGUGGAGUGGAGCUUGCCAGCGCAGCGGGUGACCAACUCGAGCAUGACAGGCAGCAGCAUCAGCAGCGGUGGCGGUAUGGUCGGCGUACGAGUGGGAGGACGGUAUCUCCGCUACGCACAAGUGCUGCAAGAUAUCGAUAAGCUUUUCGCCGACGUACGCGUGGGCUCCAGCGCUGCGCUGGUGGCAUGGUGCGCCUCACUGCAGCAGAGCAGCGUCGCGGGCCACUUUGGUGCACUCAUCGUCGACCACGUCUUGCAGGGUAUGCUCCCGUACGUGGCGCUGCAGCAGUGUCUGCGUUUACUGGACACCUUCCUCGGCUGGGUAACUCGACCCAACGCUGGUAGCGCGGAACUUGGCAUCGGCGCCGCCAGUCCGAGCUGCCCGGUGCUGGUGCCAAGCCAUGUCGUGGUGGAGUGGAUCGAGUUGACGUGGUCAACAGCGACGACUCUCUCUCGCGACAACGCUGGCACCUCGUCCCCCAUGUCCACCGCAAGCCUCUGUGGGGCAUUGCAGCUCCUACCCAUCCUCUUGCGCUGGAACCUGGCGGGAUCGCCGCUGCCGCCGUUCCGCCGCGCGCAGCUGCCGCACCCAGCGAACAUGCUGUCGUUGGAGGCUCGCCUUUUGGCCCUGCAGGUGCUGCCGCCGCUGCUGCAACACCAACCAGGUGCGCUGGGCAUCCAAGCCUGCACUUACGAGAUGAUCGAGUAUAUAAAACGAGCGUGCACCAAGGCAGCGGAGCUGAGUGUGCGGAUCGCAGCCGGAACGUCGCUCCGCGGUUUGCUGGAGGCGGGCCUGCGCGUGUCCUCGCCGACGGUAGCGUACUCGCUAAUGGACAUGCUGCUCACCCUCUGCGACGAGGCGUCCCUCCAAAACGUCGCCGACGAGGAGCUGUACGACGUUGGGGUGGCCAUGGGCUACCUCCUCGCCUUCUAUCAAUGUGACUUCACGAUGGACGUGCUGGCGGACGUCCUGCAGGCAUCGGCCGCAUCCACAUCGAAGCCUGCAGGGGAAGAACGCAGUGGGUACCGCAGCGUUGGCGGGGGCGGCAGCGGCAGCGGCCGUGUGCGGUGGCAGUUCUUUGGCGGCUCAGACGCCGUUGAGGGGAGCCGCGUUGUGCAGCGCAGCUUUAACGAGCGCAUGAGUCGCCCCGCCCAGCGCGCCCUUGCCACGGCUCUAGCAACGCUCUGCAGCUGCUGCGCUACCCCUGCCACCACCGCCGAUGCCAUCCAAUGCUGCUUCGUGUUGUUGGUUCCUUUAGCCGGAGACGCGCGGGCGUACAUGCCGCGGCUUCUCGCAGAUGCCAUGCUGGAGUGGGCCACGCAGCUCCCCUCGAACGGGUACCGAGUGAUGCUGGCAGACGCGCUGCGUGGCUACAUCCAGCGGUCUAGCGAGGACAAGACAGUGGCGCGCACCGCUAUGGUGGCGCUCCAGGGCGUCAUGCUCACCCUCACGUCGUCGCUGGAGAUCGGCUUUAACGUAGCUGAGGACGUGCUGGCGGCGGUGCAGGCGACGCCGAGUCUUCUGCACGCCGGCGUGGAGGUGCUGGGGGCGGUGGCGCGCACGAAUGUGUUGUACGCACGGCACCUGCAGCACCAGUGUGCGCGGGUCGACAGCGCAGACGUGGCUAACACGCUCGCAUUCCAACUACAUGUGCGGGCCUUGCUAGACGCUGCCUCCGUGCUUCGAGCAGGGCCCGCGUCACAGGAGGACACACUUGGCGAGGAGGACCGCGUCUCCUUGGUGCACGUCUGCAUUCGGCUUCUGCUGCGCCUUAGCCGCGGUGACCCGCCUCGCACCGUGCAGAACGUUCACUACCGACAAGCUGAGCUGAUCUUCCGUCUUACCCAGCUGCUCUACGACCUCCUGCGCGGCAGCACAAAAGCAGUGCUGGGAGCCAUUCGUGAUGAGGUGCUGCCCUGCACAGUGGGGUUUAUGAACCUCCUCGUCGGCAGUCCCGCGCCAACGAUCGCCUACUACAAGGCUGUUGCGGCGGCGUGCGCGAUGCUACGGCGAGCUCCAGUCAUCAGUGAUAUGGAGUGCAUGCUGGCGGUAGGCUUUCUGGAAGCGCAUCGUGCCUCGCAGACCAACGCCGCGGAGCAAGACUCCAGUGCGGCUACCUCGUCGGCAGCGACAGCGUACUUCGCCAUCAGCCGCGGCUCUCUCUUCAAGCUCAUCUCCAGCAAGCCGUGGAUCACGUGCAAAGAUGACGGCAGCCUCCGCUGGCUCGCCGCGCAGGCCCUGAAAGACGUCGCCACCGCGUGCGCGCAGGGCGUUCCGGUGCUCAGCUUCGCUGACGCCUGUGACGCAGCAGUCGCGUCGGCCGCGCAGUCGAUGCGGCUGCUGCGUUCGGAUUUCCUGCCUAACCCCGCGUCCGAGACGUCCUUUGGCGCAAGCUCCGCGGCUGCAGAGACUCCGACCCACACAGUGGAAGAAUGCGGCGGUCACGCGGUGCGGCUGCUGCGCUGGACGCUGCGCCACUUUCUGCAGCGAGCCGGUGCCGAUGGUGUCUGCGUUGCACUCCUUACCUCCCUGCGCACCGAGCUGCUCGAGGUGUGCUGCACGCCCGUGGGCGCCGGUGCCGCGGAGAGCACCGAGGACGGGGCGCGGCGGGCGCUUCAGCAGGAUGUGGCCCUGUGGAAUUGCCUAUGCAUCGUGGAGCAGUUCCUGCGGGAGGCAUCGCCUCGAAUGGCGGCAGCGCUGUGGCAGAAUGCAGAUUGGGACGCGGAGGUGAAACGGUGGCAGUCACUAGCAGCCCAGCUUGUUCCUGCCGUCGCCCGCGCGAGUGUGGAGGUGCGCCUGCUCGCUGCCAGGGUGCUGGGGCACUGCUUGGUCUCCACGGGCCAGGUGGACCUGUACACCAGCCAGACCAUGAGCGCCGCGACGCAGGGGUUCGUGGGUAAGUCAGUCCAGUAUGACGCCCUCAGCGCGCUCAUGGUACUCAGUGAGGCACACAGCUGCUACAAGGAAUGUAGAGCAGCCACAGCCGUUGCGACGAGCACAGACAACGAUAGCAGCCCGACCCUUCCGCUCGCUACAUCGCUGCUGGUAGAAGCAUGGAAGCAAAUCACCAGCUCCGCGCCAACAGCGAACACCGCGGCGGUCAUGUCUGCGCCGCUCCUUUUGCUUCUCUCCCUCCGCCUUACGCGCGCGUAUCCGGCAGAGGUGGAGGCGGCGUUGUUCGACAGCGUCAUGGCGGCUCUGCUCGCCCCCAUGACCGCCGGGAACCGCUUUUGGUGGUCGCCGGCGUCGGCGUUAAGCGUGCUCACGGCUGUGCAGCAGCUGUGGACAGCGUUCCCGGGUAACAUGGCCGGCGCGUCCGCCGUUCGGCAUGCCACCGCGCUGGCACUCCUGCAACAGAGCCACGCCGCAGCUCUACGAGGGCAGCGCGCCUCUUCGUCCACGGUGGUGGCGGCGGCACUUGAUGCCGUGCACAUCUACACGCUGAAGCAGCAGCGCGAAGGGGGACAGGCGGCGCUCCCAGGCACGCGUGAGCAACACGACUUGUGGUACGCAUUGUUGCAUCAGUGCCUCGACCACGUGACCUUCAUACCCCCUGAUGAAGUGAACACGGCGUUUCGGGCUAAUAUGCGGGUGCGAGGGCAGAGCACAGCCCUCCGCCGACGUGUGAUGCUGGACGACGAUGUAUCAAGGCGUCUCGCUGUUCUCUGGAGGAUGGCGAUAGAGGGGGUCACAGAGGUUUCGCCAUCUGCGGCGCGCGGCAACGUGCGGCUGCUAAACCCUGUCGACGUUGCGGUGCAGGUGGACGUUGCCAUUGCAGCAGCGACGCGGAGGGAGUGGGUGUCUGUUGCGCAGUCCAUGUACACGCUGCUACUGUCGCAGCGCAGCACAUGGGCACCUCUCGAGGCCGGUGGGGCCGACUCACCACUAAAGAUGUACCUUGACGGCAUCCGCGCAGUUUUGCAGGCGCGUUCGCCACAUGUGCAGGUGGACGUUGCGAAGCGGGGCACGGAUAUGUUCGCGGCCGUGGAGGUGGCGGGCGCAGCCGACACCGUGCGCGGUGGUGGCAGCGACAGCGAGGACGCCAAGGAGUACGCGGAGGAGUACGGCGAAGAGGACAUGGGCGGCAUCUUGAGUGAGGCCGGUGAGGCUAGCAGGGGUGGCGGCACAGGCGAUGAGCGAGGGUCGAUGGCAUUCGACCUCGGCGCCGGCGGCGGCCACUCUGCGGCUGCCUCUCUCACCUUCGAUGUCGCAGCCAAGGAGGCGGCCAUGUGGUUGCUUUACGGUGUACUGCACUCGAUCAGCGUGUCGAGCAGCAGCAGCACCACCACCGGUCGCGAAAACGAUGACGAGGCGCGACGAGCGCUGCUGCCGGUUGUUGUGGCGGCGGCGCAGCUGGUGGAGGUGCACCCCGAAGUACAGAUGUCCACUAUCGCCGUGCUGCACGAGGUACUCGUGGCGUGGGGAAACGCAACGCAGCAGCAGGGCUACAGCCGCGAGACUCCGGUGCUCCUCCAGUGGAAGACGCAACUCGUUGUCGGGCUUACGACGGUCCUUCAGCACGGUCUUCUGUCCCUCGAGGGGUGCACAUCGCUCGCCGUGCAGUACAGUCGAUGCAACAUGGCGGACCCAAGCUCGUGCCGCCGCGUGUUGCGCUCGCUGCUGCUACUUCUACACGCCUGCCACAGGUUGCACGACAGAGGGCGCGGCUUUCUGCUGAUCGGAAGCAGCGGCGCAGGGCACGUUAUCGUCGCCCUGGCAAAGGUUUCUCAGGCGUCAGCGAUGCACCCAGAGGGCGGCGACGUUGGUGGUAGUGCCAGUGAUGGUGCGGCAGCGGAGCAGUCACAGAGGAACAUUCUGCGCUCGUUGACGUCGGCACCGUGUCAAGCUGCCCUGACGUUGCUGUGCGAGCUCUUCGUGACGGCAGCAUCUCUGGCCAACGGCUACGUGCAGUCCGCCGACACCAUUGGUCUUGGCUGGAGUGACGGCGGCGAAGAAGACGAUGGUACCUCGGUAACGUCUUCCGUGUACGCCUCACGUACGUCGGUCAGCGCUGGUGACGUGCUGCAGGCGGUGGCGUUUCUCACGCAGGAGCCACUGAAGGCGGUGCUGGGGCCGGCACUCCGGUACGCGUCAGGCUGCCUGGCGGUUCUUGUGCUUUCAACCCUGUCGCUCUCCGCCACACCACCACCGCCACCUGACGGCAGCCCAUCCUCAAGCAUGACGGCGCUAACAAGCAUGGUGGCCCUCAGCGGUCAGCUGGCCGCAAACCACCAGCGCCUCCUCGCGCAGCUGGCGCAGGAGAGACUGUGCGCGCGCAUCGAGAAGUGUCUCUCAAGUUCGCAGCCGCUCCAGUCGGAGUGGGAUGCUGUCGACACGGGGCUGCUAAGGAUCGUGACGGUGGCGCCAGUGUCACGUGAUACUGCUGCGGCCCUGCUCGAGCGCAUCACCCCCGUUCUAUCGCAGCCCGCUGCCAGUGGCUGGAAGGCAGAGGUCGCUGCCUCUAUCCUCCUUGUGGGCAUGACCGCCUCCCUUGACAUGAAUCGCCUGCUUCCGCUCCUGACUGCGUUGUCGGUAGAGUCGCUUCUCAGUGAUGUGCCGCAGGAAGUGCUGGCUCGGCUGCACCAAGCAGUCCGCUCAUACCUGCGUAAGGGAGGGUCGACGCGGGCUCGCGCGCUGGCACUGGCCUCUCCAGCUGGUCUGCUGCUGGCGGAGCACUGUGCAACGUCAGACGACUCCUCUGUUGUGUGCCAUUCUCCACUCACUCACCGCGCAGCAUGGCCAGUGGUGCAGCAGCUGCUUUGGGAGGCGCGCGACCCUCUUCACGUUGUCACCGUCAUGUGGAGCAGCACCCCGUCCCCAGCGCAUGCGACCUCCUCCUGCUCAGCCCCCCUCCGAGAGCAAGUGCCGCAGCAUAGGCUGCAGGCGGAGAUACUCCUGGCCAUUCUCGCCAGCCUCGGUACCUCGUCAGCCUCUCACACAGACGUUAGCGAGGCCGUCGUACCCUUGUUGCUGCGUUGCGGCCACCUAAUGAGUGAGCUACUUGUGGGCAUCAUGGCCUCGGCUGAAGAACACGCUGCGACCCCUGACUCGGAUGCGCUGCACACCGUGCUCGCCUACGUUGUGGCGGUGCUCUGCACGCCUCCCAGUGCGGCGUUUGCAGUGGCGCUGAGGCCUGUAGGCCUGCACUUGGUGCGCACGGUGGCGCCGUCGGCUGGCCCGGCGCUACGCGAAGCCAUUCAACGCCUGGGGCCUACCAAGGCCAUGCAGCUGCGCUCCUUCAUGGAGGGAUCUUGCGCCUGA